AUGAAGUUCUUCGGUAGCGGCAGCAAGAAACAGUCACCAAAAAAGUCCAACCACUUUGUUGACGACCUCCAAGACCCCCAGCAGAACCGCUCGGAGCCUUCGUCGCCAACAAAGCCGCAGCCCCGGCCGCCCAAAAAGUCCUCCUCCUCCUCUUCGCGCCAUUCCACAGUCCCCGAGGCGACGAACAGCACCAGCAGCAAGUCGUCUCGUCCGUUCCGGACUUCCUCGUCUUCGCGACGGCACAAGAUCGACGUCGACGCCCAUCCCUUAAAUUUACCACCAGAAGAGCGCAAGCGCUUGUCCAUACUUGCUCAGUCAGCCAUGAGUGGUAACAGCGGCAGCAAGGGCAACUCGAUGGACUUGGACCGCGAGCCCGUCAACGGUGCCACCCCGAGCACUCCUCAACCCUCGGCUCAGGCAAAUUUUUCUGUGCCCAUCCCCAACGGAACCAGCCAUGAGGAGGCACCAGCUCCCCCUCCACACAGAUCUAACCCUUCGAGCCCCGUACCCACGGCUGAGGACGAUGCCGAGUCAUACAAGGCGGCCGGUAACAGGCACUUCAAGGAGAAGAACUACAGCAAGGCCAUCGAGCAGUACAGCAAAGCCGUGGAUCUGUUCCCCGAUUCCCCGACCUACCUGAGCAAUCGUGCCGCUGCUUACAUGUCCAGCGGCUCCUACGAGGCUGCCUUGGAGGACUGCAGCCGUGCAGCUGAUCUGGACCCGCACAACCCCAAGAUUCUGCUACGCUUGGCCCGUAUCUACACAGGUUUGGGCCGACCAGAGGAGGCAAUGACUACCUUUGGACGCAUCAACCCUUACCCAUCCAUGAAGGAUGUGGCCCCAACAAAGGAGAUGCUGAAUCACAUCUCGUCUGCCAGGGCAACCCUGGAGCGAGGAUCGGCCAUGUCAAUGGUCCUGCAUGCGUUGGAGCAGGCCGAGCGAGGGCUGGGACCCGGCGUCGGCAGGCCUCGAAAGUGGCAGCUGAUGCGUGCAGAGGCACACCUGAAAAUGGGACGGGAAACUUCCCUCGCCGAGGCCCAGAACAUUGCCAUGGCACUCCUCCGAAGCAACAGCCAAGACCCAGAGGCUCUGGUGCUUCGAGGCCGAGUCCUCUACGCCCUGGGCGAGAAUGAGCAGGCAAUCAAGGCAUUCCGGAUGGCCAUUAGCUGUGAUCCUGACUUCCGGGACGCGGUUAAGUGGCUUAGAAUCGUGCAGAAGCUGGACCGCAUGAAGGAGGAAGGCAAUGCAGAGUUCAAGGCUGGCCGAUUCCAGGCUGCCAUUGACAAGUACUCACUAGCUCUCGAUGUUGACGCAACCAACAAGAGCAUGAACGCAAAGCUCCUGCAGAACCGUGCCCGAUGCCACCUUAAGCUGAAGGAAUACGACGAUGCAAUUGCCGAUGCAGACAGGGCAGCCUUCUUAGAUCCUACCUACACCAAAGCUCGCAAGACCAAGGCUACCGCUCUAGGGCAGGCAGGCAGAUGGGAGGACUCUAUCAAGGAGUGGAAGUCCAUUGCUGAGCUUGAGCCUGAAGACCGUGAGGUCAUGAAGGAGAUUCGCAAGGCUGAGCUCGAACUCAAGAAGAGCCAGAGGAAGGACUACUACAAGAUCAUGGGGCUUGAGAAGGAUGCUGGAGACAACGAAAUCAAGAAGGCCUACCGUAAGCUGGCUGUCAAAUACCAUCCUGACAAGAAUCCUGGGGAUGAAAAGGCCGAGGCCAUGUUCAAGGACUUGCAGGAGGCGUACGAGACGCUCAGCGAUCCUCAGAAACGCGCUGCCUAUGACAAUGGUGACGAUCUCAUGGAUCCAUCCGACUUCGGUGGCAUGGGUGGUGGCAUGGGCGGCAUCGACCCUGAGAUCCUCUUCAGCAUGAUGGGCGGCCAGGGUGGAUUCGGCGGUGGAGGUUUCCGCGGAGGCGGCGGUGGCGGGUUCCCUGGCGGCGCUCGAUUCUCUUCCGGUGGCGGAGGAUUCCCUGGCGGAGGUCAGCAGUUCAACUUUGGCGGUGGCCAAAGAUCAAACUACCAGGGCGGCGCCGACAGUGAUGAUGAGGAAGACGACGACGACACGGAAGUUGCCGAUGAGUACGAUGACGGCCUCAACGAAGAUGACGAGCAAGAUUCCCUCGGAAGCCAAGGAGAUUUGGGCAGUAAAUGGCGGAGCGAUGCCGACCAACGCCGGAAUGCCAAUAACCUGUGGAUUGAGAAGACGCGAACCUACGGUAUGGUUCUCCUGGCUACCCUCAUGCUCCUCCCACUACAGUUGGUUUGCAUUGGGGCGGUGUUGUCAUUAAUUGUAUACUUGUUGGUGAAAUAUGUCUGGCGAGCUAGCCAUCGGGGGAUGUUCACUACUACGGGUUGA